UUGUUUUUAAGCCUCAUUCAACUCCCUGCACAAUGACCUUCUGUUUGUCUGGCUUUCGGAGCUUUCCGAAACUUUGGAAGACCAGCCCAUACUUGGAACUAGGCCCUGUGACCUCUUCUGUCCCUUUUUUUCUCACGGUCUACUGUGUCACCAGGAACCAACAGAGAUGGUUUUCUGUUAAGCCCACGUCCCCUCCAGAUAGCAAAGCAAUGAAUCUGCUGGUUGCCAAGGCUAGAACACUGAAGAAACGUAAUGACAGCAAUAAGCAGAUUUCCUCUGAUCCUCACUAUUUUGCUGCUGGGGCAGCUAAGAAGAGGUCACACGUAACUAAGAAUCCUCAGGAUAGUGGUCAUGCCUUGCCACCCGUGAGAAGCACUAUACAACUGCCAACUAGACCUUUGAAUUCCAAAGAGUGGGAUAAACUUAAAGAAGACUUCGAAGGAAAGGCCAAUUUUGAAGACUUGGUCAUUUCACAGAUGGCACAGAGCUGUAGUUGUGUAGAUGUGGCUAAGUCUCUCCUGGCAUGGGUGGCAGGGAAGAACAAUGGCAUUGUGGGGUAUAAUUUACUCGUCAAGUAUUUGUAUCUUUGUGUCUCUCAUGGGCAGACAUCGGAAGUCAUCGAUGUCUAUGAAAUCAUGAAAGCCAGGUACAAGAGUUUAGAAUCCGGCGCUUACACCCUUCUCAUCCGGGGAUUAAGCCACUCGGACAGAUGGAGAGAGGCCUUGCUGCUGUUAGAAGACAUGAAAAAGGUCAUGACCCCUUCAAGAAAGAACUACGACGACUGUAUACAGGGAGCCCUCCUUCAUCAAGAUGUGACCGUGGCCUGGAGUUUGUAUCAGGAAUUGGUGGGGCAUAGUCUCAUUCCUCUGUUGGACACUUUAAAAGCCUUCUUUGAUUUUGGCAAGGACAUAGCCGAUGAUCACUAUUCAAGCAAUCUCCUGGACAUUCUACUAUAUCUAAGGACUAACCAGCUGUAUCCUGGAGAGUCAUUUGCACACAGUAUAAAAGCGUGGUUUGAAAGUAUUCCUGGGAGACAAUGGAAAGGACAGUUCACCACAAUCCAGAAAAGUGGCCAGUGUUCAGGCUGUGGCAGAACCAUAGAGUCUAUUCACUUGAGUCCAGAAGAAUAUGAAUUUCUCAAGGAAAAAAUCAUGAGGAAUGUGAUAGAUGGUGGUGACCAAUAUAAAAAGACGACACCUCAGGAACUGAAGAGAUUCGAGAGCUUUGUGAACUCCCGUCCUCCUUUUGAUAUUGUUAUUGACGGACUCAAUGUUGCAAAAAUGUUUCCUAAGGGCCGUGAGUCUCAAAUUCUCCUGGCUGUCGUUUCUCAACUAGCCCAGCAGAAUCUACGACUGCUGGUCCUGGGCCGGAAGCACAUGCUAAGACCAAGUUCCCAGUGGAGGAAGGAUGAGAUGGAACAGGUGCAGAAGCAAGCCCACUGCUUCUUUGCUGAUAACAUCUCGCAGGACGAUCCCUUCCUCCUGUACGCCACUCUGAACUCAGGCAACCACUGCAAGUUUAUCACCAAAGACCUGCUGCGGGACCACAAGGCCUGCCUGCCCGAUGCCCGCACCCAGCGCCUGUUCUUCAAGUGGCAGCAGGGACACCAGCUGGCAAUCGUGAAAGGGUUUCUAAGAUCAAAACUAACUUUCCAGCACAUUCUCAGCUAUGACACCGUGGUGCAGACAACUGGAGACUCCUGGCACAUCCCUUAUGAUGAAGACCUGGUGCAGAGAUACUCCUAUGAAGUGCCAACCAAAUGGCUGUGCCUCCAGAGAACGCAGGCGCCUGCCCCCUGCUAAGUUGGUCCUGGCUGG